AUGGCUCAUACUUCUGUGUUUUGGUCGAAUUUUUUCACGCAUAAUGACAUAGAAACGACUUUCUGGUUUAUGAUGGCUGGAAUGGAUUUUGUGACGAAUAAAAACUUGCAAAAGCUGAAAAGAAAAGAAAUGGGAAUUGUUAAAUGGGCCGAGGAAAUGCUGAUGUGGCAGAUGCUUUCCACCUCGCUGAUGAAUGUGUUGAUCGCAUUCUUCGAUGUGCCUUCUUUCAUUUCUUCGCUCUUCUGCGGUCCAUAUCUCACUUCCGUUAUCGGAUCAUUUUUGAAUCUUUUCAAAAAUCUUCUCUAUUUCUUUGUUUCAAGUAUUCUCAACGCUUCACUCCUCCAGAAGCCAAGGCAAUUACAAAAAGAU